AUGGCGGAUGAAGAACAGGGGGUGAUUCUGCAGUACGUAUUGGGCCAAAAAAUAAGAAACUUACCUCAAAAUGUAGAGAAAAUACCGAUCUUUAUUUUAGUUCAAAAAAAUGAACUAAAGCCUUCUACGCCUGACACGCGUGCUGUGCCUGGUUCUACGUGCCAUCUUGCGAUUGGCUGCCAAAAAAUAGCCGUUUAUUAUCCAGUUGUGAGCACCAACCAAAAAAUAAGAGUGAGGUGGAAAAAAGUUAAGGAAGCUUAUGAAGCAGCGAGGAUGGAACGACCCCAUAUGAUCCCACGAAGAACCGUCAAUAUGCUUAAAUGUCGUUGGGGUAGAGUUGCUCCAGCAUGUUUGAAGUGGUUUAGAAGUUAUGACGAGGCUCUUAGGAGAAAGAAGAGUGGCACAAGAGACGAAGUUGUGCUUAAAGAAGCACAUUUAAUCCAUCAAAGAAAACACGGUAACUUUAACUUGAUUGAGCAAUGGAUAAUUUUAGGAAAGAAAAGAACAAGGACGGAAGAAGAUUCUAAAACACCAACAAGUGAACCUCAAGGAGGAUCAUCUACUCGCCCCGAGGGUGUGAAGAAAGCUAAGGCUCGCAUGACUGGGAAAAUGGUUGCAGAUCAAUCAAUUCAAGCUUUGAGUGCAUUUGGAGAGAUUCUUCGACUUAAUUCAGAAAUAAUGAAGGAGAAGACAGAACUUCAAAAACAAAAAGAAGCCCGAAAACAAAAACAAAUUCAAAUGGAAGAAUAUCAAAUGAAUUGGAAUAUCGAUCAAACAUUAAGCAAAAAGGAAACUCUUCAGCCACGGGAAGCUGAUAUGAUGGUUCAACUUGGACAAUACUUUUAG